UAGGAGGCGCGGGCCCUAGGGGCCCAGAGGGCUGUGACCACCUCCUUCUUGAGGUAGGACCCAGGCUGGGUGGGCAAAUCCUAGCCCAGAAGGGAAGGAGGGGGAGAGGGCGGCGGGCCAUGCCCUGGUCACUCCGCACCACUCUCUUUUGGGACCUGAUCCUGGGCGUAUUGGGCAUCUCUGCCUUCCUGAUCCACCUGGGUUCGGACCUGUGGACCGUGAGCCAGUAUGUGCUCAGCGGUCACUACCUGUGGGCCGCACUGGUGUUGACGCUGCUGGGCCUCUCCUCGAUUGCACUGCAAGUCUUCAGCUGGGUCUGGCUGCGCACCGACCCCGCUGACCUGCACUCGUCGCAGCCCUCAGGCCGCUGCCUGGCGCUGCUGCACCUCCUGCAGCUGGGCUACCUGUACAGGUGCAUGCAAGGGCUGCGGCAAGGGCUGCUGGUGUGGCGGCAGGAGGUGCCCUCCGAGUUUGACUUGGCCUAUGCCGACUUCCUCUCCCUGGACAUCAGCAUGCUGCGGCUCUUCGAGACCUUCCUGGAGAAGACGCCACAGCUCACGCUGGUGCUGGCCAUCGUGCUGCAGAGCGGCCAGACCGAGUACUACCAGUGGGCCAGCAUCUGCACGUCCUUCCUUGGCAUCUCGUGGGCACUGCUUGACUACCACCGGGCCUUGCGCACCUGCCUCCCCUCCAAGCCGGUCCUGGGGCUGGGCUCCUCCGUGAUCUACUUCCUGUGGAACUUGCUGUUGCUGUGGCCCCGAGUCCUGGCUGUGGCCCUGUUCUCAGCCCUCUUCCCCCACUACGUGACUCUGCACUUCUUGGGCUUAUGGCUGGUACUGCUGUUCUGGGUCUGGGUUCAGGGUACCAACUUUAUGCCGGAUUCCUGGUCUGAGUGGCUGUACCGGGCAAUGGUGGCCACCAUUCUUUAUUUUGCCUGGUUCAAUGUGGCUGAGGGUCGCACUCGAGGCCGCAGCAUCAUCCACCUGGUGUUUCUCCUGAGUGACAGCAUUCUCAUGGUGGUCACCUGGGUAAUGCAAAGUGCCUGGCUGCCCAGUGGGAUCCUGCUGCACAUAUUGCUGCCUGUGGGUGGCAUCAGCUUCCUUUUGGGUCUGGUUCUGCGGCUUGUCUACUACCGCUGGCUGCAUCCUAGCUGCCGCUGGGAGCCUGCCGAGGUGGACGGGACCCGGAGCCUCUACUGCGUUGAGUUGUAUCAGCUGCCUCAGAACAGGCGUAUGGUCCAUUUGGCCCAGAAUUUCUUCCCUAAGGCUUGGGAUGAGGCUGCUUCUCCAAGGGGGAGAGAGGUAAAUGGGGUCCUUUGAAGCAGGGUCAGAUCCAGCCAGGGGACAAAAGGAUAGAUGGAGUCAACUGGUAGAAUGCAGAAGAUAGUUAUGCUGCUGUGGGCCUUGAUUCAUUCAACAAGCACUUGAUGCCUGAUCUUGCCAGGCACUGAAGACCAGAGUUGAGUGAGACAAAGCCCUCCCUCUAAGGAUAAGAAUAAGAUGAGGAGGGCCAGGCCUUGGGGAGUCAAGGACCUCAACUAUAUAUAAAGCACUUUGGGAGGAAAGAAGAGAUCCCCUUUUCUGUUUCUCCCAGUCAGUGUGUCUGGUGCCCAAAGCAUCCCAGUGUUGGUAUUUCCACCUCUGAUGUAAUCGGCAGAGGUGCCCUCCCGCCCUUAAUUCCCCUAUCCUGGGUGAGAAGGUCCUAAGAACUCCAGGAUGUGUUUUCCCAGAGUCCUUUCUCUCCUGCCCGACUUCGAUUGUUCAGUUCACUCACCAGAUGUUUACUGAGGGCAUUUGAUGUGCCAGGAGCACCCUUCCAUCCUUGGAGCCUGGAGCAAGAUCAGCUGCCGCUCUUACCAUCUCUGCUGCUCCUGCUGGGGCUCUCCUGCCGGAAGCCAGGCAUGCCCAGUAGCUGGCCCCUACCAACCCCUCCAAGGUGGGGGGAGGAGGGCAGCUAUUUUAGUGCCACUGGCCCAGCCUCUGCCCCAGCUCUCAUGGGGCUGCCUUUCAACCAUGUGCCUUGUGGACCUGUGGUCUGGGCCGUGACUCAGCCGUUGAGUAUUUUUUAUGCUUUAGGCAAUGUACUUUCUACCUCAGUCUGUUGUGAGAGAAGGGAAGGUGUGUGCCUGUCUGCAAGUGAGAGACGUACGUGUUUUUGUCGAACAGUAUUACUAGGUUAUUAUUAAAAAGCUCAUAAAAUCCUCCAAACUAGUUGUGUCAUUAAACUAAAUCUGCAGAAUCCAAAGCCGCCUGGAAAGAAGGGGUCAGGAACAUAAAGUUCACUGCUCAAAAUUGGGAAAGGCCCUGGCACAGAGAAGAGGGCUGGCUUAGGCAGGACUUCUCAACCUUGGUCUCUAAGUUUCAGGAGCUGGUGAACUGGUACGGGUUGAUCGUUCAGGUGGGCAUCAGAACCCAGAUCUGGACGACUCGUGCUCUGCUGCUGGGCCUGGCAGGGGGAGCCACAAAAACCACUUUUGGUACCAGGAAGGGAACACGAGAGCCCAGCUGAAGGUCUUGAGGCUGGGAGCCAGGGAGGGUGUAAGUGAUGAAGUGACUUAGGGUAUGUGGAAGUAGGUAAUGGUGCCAGGGAGGUGCAACCUCUUGCUGCUCAGAGCUCUGUGGUUUAGAGAAGCAGGAACAGGAAAAGGGUGCUGGGGACAGAAGAAAACAGUCGCCAUGUGGUGGGACUCAGGAUAGUUUUCAGUUCCACUAUUCAUUCAUUCUAGUGGAGACAUGUAAAUAAACAGGGUAAGUAAAACAGAUAGUGUUAAGUAUUAUAAGAAAAAGCAGGGAAGGGGACAGGGAGAGUGUGUGUAUUUUCAUGUGUUGUGUGGGAGUUACAAUUUGAUGUAGAAUGGCCAGGAAAGGCCUCCCUGAGACACCCAGCCCUAAAGGACAUGAGGGAGAAAACGAUGCAUGUGAAUUUUUAUCCCAGACACCAAAUCAGCAGUGACUGCAGGAAGGAGGGUUUGCAGCGGCUAUGCUGGCCCACUGCCAAGGAUGACGGAUGAGGGUUGGGAGCAGGGGAGGGAGGCUCUGAGGAGAUGAUGCUGGUGCUUUUUCACACACUUAGAAGCAGAAAGGAUUUCCAGACUUUUGAAUUUCAUGGACCAGUAACAUGGUCAACGUGGUCACUAAAUUAAUCAAUGUACAAAAGGCAGUAAAAACUAUCAUUAUUAUCUUUAUCAUUUUUAAAAGAAAGUGUGUCAUUAACUCAGGAAAAGGUCCAUUCUUUGAAGCAAAUACAUUUAAACACACACAUGCACACAUACAACAGUGAAAUCUAUGAUUUUUCUCAACUCAUAAGGAAUGUCAAGGGUUGAGACUCCAGACUGUGGGCUAAGUGCCCAACCUAGCCUUGGACAGAGGUCCUAAUUUUCACUAAACCCAGGAUUUGCUCCAUUUACUUUUCCACAUUUCUGCUUGUCAUAUGUGGAGACUGAGUCAGAAAUGCCAAAUAUGUCAGUGGAAGAUGCAAAGUUCUAGGCAAUUCCCUAUUUUCCCCUGAGAAAAUCCAAAAAGAUGUUUCUAAUCUCUUGCCUAAGUUCUAAUCUAUCCUCUAGAUGAAGUUGUCAAAUGAUAGUAGUAUGUAUGCAGUCAACUCCCAACAAUGUAUGCUCGACUGCCUGAAAAGCCAAAGAGCUCCAUUUAUAUAGACACCUAAAAGUUUACAGGAUCAAGAGUUCUGAAAAGACGAGUGAUGCUACAUCCCGCUAGAAAUUUCCUUUGAAGCCCUGGCCGGUGUGGCUCAGUGGACUGCAGACGAACAGAAAAGUCGCCCAUUUUGAUUCCCAGUCAGGGCACAUGUGUAGGUUGCCCGUGAGGUCGCUAGUUGGGGGCGCACAAGAGGGAACCAAUAGAUUUCUCUCCCUCGAUUUCUCCCUUUCUCUCUAAAAAUAAAUAAAAUUGAAAAAAAAAACAUCCUUUGGAGAUUCCCAUCUUUUUUUUUUAAUGUCAAGAAACUUGGUUUUGAAGAAUAAAAAUUUCUGAAUUGCCAGCCACAAGUUUUUUUUGCGGAAAGUGCAGAUGUUAUACUCACUGUAGGGGAGAUGGAGAUGUUUACUCUUCGGGCUUGAGAAGCAACCGGUACUGUGAUAUUUCUACUUACGAGCCAGCAAGGCUACAGCAACUCACGAGUUUGCUCAGUUCCAGUCUGGUCCAAAAUGCACACCUUCUGAUGGAAAGAUUUAAUGCCUAGAAUACAUGCAACUCCCUCUUUUCUGGGGUAAUUAUUUUGGGAAAAAAUACACCUUGUAGUCUGACAUGGAUGGUACGUGCAAGCUAGAACCGAAUUCUGAUUUCCUUCAUUGAAAUCAAAAGCAAAAGAAUUAUUUUUCCAGGCCAAUAAUGGACAGUCAGACCGAAAUCUGAAGAAAUGAAAUGAGGAAGUCGUUGAUGCGACAUGAAAUCUGGCCCAAUCAAACAAGGUUUGAUGUCAGUCUGUCAGUUUAUUGCUUUUGCGUGUUAAGCUCAGCACAGCAAGUUACUGUCUCUGUAAUCAUUGAAUGUCAGCACAGUUGACAGCACAUGAAAUCUGUUGCCAUACCAGUCCUAAACGUUAAAAAGCAAUGUAUU